AUGCUUGUGGUCGGCGGGAACGGAGAGAGUGAAAUUGUAGGUCUGAUGUUGGCAGCAGAUGAGCAUCAAGAUACAAUUAGACAAAUGAUGAUCUAUUUUAAAGAGCAAAAUCCAAAAUGGAGAGAAAUCAACUGCAUCAUGGCAGACAAAGACAUGAUGGAGCACCAUGCAGGUACUAAAAGAAGAGUUUCCUCAGGCAGGUGUACUGAUUUGCCUUUUCAACACAAUGUGUACAUUUCGCAGUGAAGUUACCACUGCAUAAAAGAAAAAGUUAAAAGCGUUCAGCAAGAUUACAGAGCGGAUGUGAACAAAGGAACACAAAGUGGUAGUGGGAAAAUUGUUGAGGACAAUUAUGAUUUCUUGACAGGCAUUUGGGGUGGAUCUCCGGCAACAACUUCCUUGCCUUUCGGGGUUGAUGGUAUGGAUGAGAAGGACAAAAAAUUGAUGUAGUGAACAUUGGAGAAAACGUUUUUCAGGACUGCCCAUAGAAGAACAACUAAAUGAAGGUCCCGAAUGAAUGAAUGUUUCAGCUUUUUUACAUUUAGCUCUACAAUGAAUUUCAGUAUUUCAAUCUGACAUUUUGACCAAAUAUUCCAAAAGCUUGAACUCUCAAAAUUUUAUUUAUUAUCCACCCACUUUUUCUACAGUGCUCCUCCUCUGCCCUAAAUAGGAACUUGUCCUUCUAUAGUUUGAAAUAAGGAAUUUUAAUUUUAUAAACUGAUAUGGCUUCAUUAUGAAUAUUAAUUAAUAUCUAUUUAUUUAUUUAUAUAACUUCACCAUUAUCAUGCAUUCAUGGCAGGGUCACCACAACAGUAUAUGGUACCAAUUACUGUGGGCCCUUUAAAUUUUAAAUAGAUAAUAAAACACAAAUAAAACACAACGAAAACUUUGAUUUACCUUAUCAAAGUCAUCACACGAAUUGGAACUUUAAGCCAAGCAAACAAAUUCCUCAAAGUUUUCGUUGUAUUGUAUUUCUGGAUUCUGGACUGGAGUAUGCAUCUGUUUUUUUUAAAUGCCGAUUUCUGCUAGAAUGAAGCCUUAUUUCGUCAAGGACAUGGUAAUUAAAGUUGCUUAGAAUCUUUGGUGGGAAAAAUUGGGAAAAAUUUAAAAUUUUCAAACGGCUCUGGAGGCUGGAAUGAUCAAUAUUUUGCAACGAUUUUCACAAAGAAAUGCUUCUUUUCAAACAUACUAUUUAAUAAAAAAAAAUUGUCAAAAUUUUUCUAAGUGUCAUCUUUUUUUGCAGUUUUCCUCUGAGCCGAGCCUAAACUAAGGACUUUUUCGCUAUGCUUAUGGGGAGAUAAUCGAUAGGCCGAACAAGGGGCAUUAUGAAAAGUGGAAACAAAUUCCGAAAAGUCUUAAAAAAAAAAAAGUUGAAAAUAUAAUUGAAAAAAUUUUCGCGGUAAAUCACCUAUUAUCCCCCAUUUGACCCCCUAAACCCAUUAAACUCCCUCCUAUCCUCUUACGGAAACCGAAAGUAACAAUUGCAAAAAAAAGUUCGCCGAAAAAUUUGACCAUAUUAAAUGUAAGUUUGUAAUCAUUUUUCAUUAAUAUAUGCUUUUAAGUAACCCAAGUUGCUAAUGGAAUGGUUUUUUAUUACAAAACAAACUUAAAAGGUCAUGAAUUAUGCAUAUCCAAUUUCAUGUAAUUUGAUAUUAAAAAUGCACCUCUGACUUCUUAAUUAAAACUGGAUGAAAUGCAAAAAAAUUUUAAAAAAUCGGAAAAAUUUCCAAAAAUUCAAAAAAAUAUUAUAAAAUCUUAAAAUAUUGUUUUCUUUUGGAACUUAACAUUAAAAAAAAAUUUUAAAAAAAUCUAAAAAAUGUUUAAAAAUCCUAAAAACCCCUUAUAAAUCCUAAUAUGAUUAUUUAAUUUCUUUUCUUCACAGAUUUCAUUCAAUGUCAAGAUUUCUUGUCGAUAACCCUAAUCCUAGGGUUUUUAAUGAAAGAGCAGCACUAGACGAAGUCGAUGUGGACCACAUGCCAUUUAACAUCCCGGUUGACCAUGAGGAAACACUUGCUGUGCUGCAGUCGUUUGUUGGCAGCUCUCUCCUGUUGUCAACAAAUAAGGGAAGAUUUUGGAGACAUGAAGAUUGGAGAUACGUAGUCCUGACAUGGCAUCCCAUAAUUACCCUCAUCCCAUUCUCAGUCCAGACGAAAGUGCAGUUGUGCCAAUACUUUAGCGCAAACAGGCACAUUGUGCUUACGUCUGGUGAUGAGGCCACCCACCUUAUUAGAGGAAGCAACAAACCAGUUCCCGCAACAACAUUCCUUCUUGCCCUCAUCGAUGCUGGUGUUCAAUUUGUCAGAUUAGUGAAUUUCGGCAUGAAGAUGAAACUCAACACCUUCCCCGACCUGCCAAGGGACCUCCUCGACUGCGCAGCUGAAGACAAUGGCUUCCCACCUAACGAAUGGGACAUUUCCCUAUCCCGCCGUACCGAUUACCUAUACCUAAUAAAACCCCAUGCCCCAUAUCCUCUCCACGUAACUCCUAACCCAUAUCCAAUCCUUACGCCACUAAACCCGAAUCUUAUGUGUUAAGAAAAUGAAAUACAUGCUUUGGAGAGGUCGAACACUGCCAAAGGACUGGUAAAUGUAUGCAAAAUCCCCAAACUUG